AUGAGUCAAACCAGUCUUGUUGGAUCGAGUUCUUCCGGCGAGGCUCCCCGCAAUGCAUUAUCACUCCGACUAGAAACGCCUCUCUUUUCUCAGGCACCCAUUUCUCCCAGCAAGCAAUCAUUCAGCAUCCAGGGCCGCUACGUCUACGAAACAGAAACCAGCCCGGCUACCCCGACUUAUCACAUCUCCAAUCGCAAUACUCAAGCCGGUAAUCCAUGGCAGAUACAAAUCUGCCGCCUUCUACCCAGUGAAGUUCGUCGUCUUAGUGAGGCUUCAGGAAAUGACGCUUUCAUCAGAUACGAUGAUGACUUGACACUCUACUCCGGAGAAAAAAUGAACAUACCUUUCAGCUUCGCCGCUGGUCUUGGUCCUACGCCACUCAUUGUCAUCAGGGGCCAAAAGAGAGGUACUAUCCAGGGAAGCAUUGUGAUGGAAAAGUCUGGCCGGUCGUGUAAAUUCCAGCACAUGAUUCCUAUCAAGCGCGCCUUGACCAAGGUGGAAGAGGAUAAGAUGCAGGCCCUCAUGCAUAAGCGUGGAUACCGUGACUCUGAUGAUUGGAAGAAGAAGCUUCUCUUGACGGUACAGGAGAACUCGGCCAAGUUAGUAGAGUGGGCUGAUGAGUAUGGAACUAUCGUUGCUGUUGAGAAAGAUGAUAAGCUGGAGUUUUCGGGAGAGAUUCUGACGGAGAAGAAGGAUCUCGUUGUUGCGUGCUGGGCCUGCAAGGGAUUUGUACUCGAACAGACUACAUAG